AAUGGCAUCAGAUAUUCCUGGCUCGGUGGCCUUGCCAGUGGCACCAAUGGCAAGUGGACAAGUGAGAAUGGCAGGAUCCAUGCCUUCCAGAGGAGGAAAGCGCCGCUCUGGAAUGGAUUUUGAUGAUGAAGAUGGCGAGGGACCCAGCAAAUUUUCAAGGGAGAAUCACAGUGAGAUAGAGAGGCGCAGGAGAAAUAAGAUGACGCAGUACAUCACCGAGCUGUCUGAUAUGGUGCCCACUUGUAGCGCGCUGGCUCGUAAGCCUGACAAGCUGACAAUCCUGAGGAUGGCUGUUUCACACAUGAAGUCCAUGAGGGGCACUGGGAACAAGUCUACUGAUGGAGCUUACAAGCCUUCGUUUCUUACAGAACAGGAGCUGAAACAUCUUAUCCUGGAGGCUGCGGAUGGGUUCCUGUUUGUAGUUGCAGCUGAGACGGGAAGAGUGAUCUACGUGUCAGAUUCUGUGACUCCUGUGCUGAACCAGCCUCAGUCUGAAUGGUUUGGCAGCACUUUGUACGAACAGGUUCAUCCAGACGAUGUGGAAAAGCUGCGAGAGCAACUGUGUACAUCUGAAAACUCUAUGACAGGACGAAUCCUAGACUUGAAGACUGGCACAGUGAAGAAGGAGGGUCAGCAGUCUUCAAUGAGAAUGUGCAUGGGAUCAAGGCGCUCCUUCAUUUGCAGGAUGAGGUGUGGAAAUGCUCCUCUGGAUCAUUUACCUCUGAACAGAAUAACCACCAUGAGAAAAAGAUACAGGAACGGCCUUGGCCCAGUAAAAGAGGGCGAAGCACAGUAUGCAGUUGUCCAUUGCACUGGCUACAUCAAAGCCUGGCCACCAGCAGGAAUGACUAUACCAGAAGAAGAUGCUGAUGUGGGACAAGGUAGUAAAUACUGCCUCGUGGCAAUAGGAAGGCUUCAGGUAACCAGCUCUCCGGUGUGCAUGGACAUGAAUGGCAUGUCGGUCCCAACCGAGUUCCUGUCUAGGCACAACUCUGAUGGGGUCAUCACCUUCGUCGACCCGAGGUGCAUCAGUGUCAUUGGCUACCAGCCCCAGGAUCUUCUGGGGAAAGAUAUCUUAGAAUUCUGCCAUCCUGAAGAUCAAAGCCAUUUGAGGGAGAGUUUCCAACAGGUUGUGAAACUGAAAGGCCAAGUCCUGUCUGUGAUGUAUCGUUUUCGUACCAAAAACCGGGAGUGGAUGCUGAUCAGAACCAGCAGCUUCACCUUUCAGAACCCCUAUUCUGAUGAGAUUGAAUACAUCAUCUGCACCAACACUAAUGUAAAACAACUUCAGCAGCAGCAAGCAGAACUUGAAGUACAUCAAAGAGAUGGGCUGUCAUCCUAUGACUUAUCUCAGGUGCCUGUUCCAAGUAUACCAGCUAACGUUCAUGAAGGUGGCAAGUCUGUGGAGAAGCCUGAUGCUAUCUUCUCCCAAGAGAGAGAUCCUCGAUUUGCUGAGAUGUUUGCUGGAAUAACUGCUUCAGAUAAAAAGAUGAUGGCCUCAGCAUCCACAGCAGGAAACCAGCAGCUUUACUCACAGGGAAGCCCAUUUCAGCCAGGACAUUCAGGAAAGACUUUCAGUUCAUCUGUGGUACACGUGCCUGGUGUGAACGACAUCCAGUCUUCUUCAUCAACAGGCCAGAACCUAACCCAGAUAUCUCGCCAGCUAAAUCAGAGUCAGGUUGCCUGGACAGGAAAUCGUCCACCAUUUCCAGGACAGCAAAUUCCAUCUCAGUCUGGCAAGGCUCAGUCAUCUCCCUUUGGCAUUGGAACAAGUCACACCUACCCAGCUGAUCCAUCAUCUUACAGCCCCCUCUCCAGCCCAGCCACCUCUUCUCCAAGUGGGAAUGCCUACUCCAGCUUAGCAAACCGAAGUGCAGGAUUUGCUGAAGGUGGCCAGAGCAGCGGCCAGUUCCAGGGGAGACCUUCUGAAGUCUGGUCGCAGUGGCAGAGCCAACAUCACAACCAGCAGAGUGGUGACCAGCAUGCACACCCACAGCCCAGUCAGACUGAGGUGUUCCAGGACAUGCUGCCGAUGCCGGGAGAUCCAACACAGGGUACUGGCAACUACAACAUUGAAGAUUUUGCUGACCUGGGCAUGUUUCCACCAUUUUCUGAGUAGCUUGCGAAGCAGAAAUGGAAGUUCUUCUCCAAGGCCGUUUCAGUGUAAACUUGGCUCUGCUUUUUCUGUGUUGCUUUUCUGUAGAAGCUACUAAACCAGAAGACAAAUUUCUCGUGUUUCAGCUAGUGGUGUAGGGCUUGCUCUCUCCUCCCUGGGGUGCAUCAGUGCCAACAGAGGAGCUCCAGCACUUGUUAGUGUUCAUU